GGCCAGACCUCUCGCCCGGACAGUGCACUGGCUGCCGCCGACGAAGACGUGUUGCUCGAGGAACGAUGGUCCACACCAAAGCAAGCUCCGGCAAGAAGGACGAGCCGGAGGCAGCCCCCAGCUGGAUGAUCGCCCUGCUGUACGCGCCGCUGUUCCUGGCGGCCAUGGCGGUGCUGGCGCUCGUCGUGACGCUGCACCUGAUGUACAAGUCGCUGCUGCUCGACUCCCGCUACAGCCACUAUACGUUCUACAUCGCCAGCGCCGUCACCGUGGCCGCCUUCCUCAUGUGCUGCUGCAUCGCCUUCUGCAUCCGGCGAAAGCAGAUGUACGCACGUCUUGGCUACGUGACUGCGCGCACGCGGCUGUUGGACGGGAAGACGUACCUGCCUCUCUACGUGGACGUGGAGGCAUCUCCAGCCAAGAUCAGCACGCUUCCGGUCAAGUUCGUCGCGCCCCCAGAGAACACAGCCAAACCUUCAGCAGGCUGAACGAGAGCGCCGCCUGUCCGCUGCUCCCAGAAGCAGCGCCCUCUGGUCACGUGACGUCAGAACUGCACCCAGCGGGACUUCCCCGCGGUCGCAUCAUCCGAGCGCACGUCUGCGCCGCGACCUGUGUGCACUUUGCAGUCGCCGCAUUUCCUUGUGAGCUACACGGAUCUCUGCACUCCGUCAGAACAGAGGUGUUCAGCGUGGUGCAGAUUCCCAUCAAACUUUGAGGAGCGUAAUGAACAAACAAUAAAAAAAAUUCUACAGUACACAGAAAA